CGACCCCCUAGUUACUAGUAUGCUAGAUAUUUCACAUAUUCAAGUAAUUGACUAUUCCCUUGUUGGAUUUCCACGACAUCUCUGCUCAUACAUAAGACCUUCUAUAGGCCAUGGUCUUUGAUUCUAUUUCUCGCCAACGAUGUCCUCCGAGCAAGAGCGCCAAACUAUUCUCAUUCCCAUGAACCUUGGCUCCCCUUCUCAAUAUGAUCGAUCGAUGUUCCCUCUGAUGAAAAUGAAACGCAGUGACAACCUAGAUCAAGUGGAUAUAGUUCUUGAAGCUACAUUGGAUGAAUUAUUUAAGAUACGUGACAUGGCAGGGAAUUUGACGGAGUUGGAAACGAUCUUUGCGAAUGCUAAGAAGGAAUAUGAUAGGUUACAGUCGGGGAGAAAAGAGCUGGAAAACAAAAAUACAACCUUCCAGCCUUGGAAAUUGAUCUCGAGAUAUCGUUCCCUUCGACUACUCGCAGCAGCAGCCAAUGAUUUAUAUAGGCAAACCAGGAGCUCAUCUGAAGAGCUGAGGAGGCGGCUACUUUCCGCAAACAGACAAGAUGUUCAACCAGUCGAGUAUGACGACGUACCAUCUGACGCUCGCAUCAGCGCCAUCGCAGUUCCACUGGAAUCGCCACUAGAUGAAUCCACGGCUAGGUCGUUCACUGACGCGGUCGAUUUCAUCGCUUCUCAGAUUAGUCUCCUUCCUGACGGCAAUCCUUUUGGAGAUGAUCAACAAGUGGAAGAAUGUGCAGAUACUGAAUACCAUACAGCUUUUGAUUCUGGAACCCCCGGUAGCGAGGCCGCAUCAUCAGCCGGCUCUCGUUUCUCUGGAGCAUCCUCGGGGCAGAGAUCUGGCAAUAAUUACUUCAUCUUCAAUAACAGCUACGUUGCCUCGAGAUCAGCUAUUCAAUCGCCGACUCUUAAUCGCGGCGGGUCGCAUAAUCAAGGAUCAUGUUUGUGCUUUCAACCUGAUCAUGCCAUAACGUUAUUCAUCACACACAUUAGCUCCUCGCCAUUGACACCAUCAAUUAUUGAAUAUUUGCUUGUAUACAUGUCUCGAAUCAGGAUUGAAAAAAAAAUAUCAUGGCUUUGACUUGCAGUGGUUUUCGUUGGGGAUACACUAGACUUUCCGUGAUACGGCGCAUACAAUGUUCGUAAGAUUCCGAUGACGUCGAAUAGUAGUCAACGAAUACUGUGCGCUCAAGUCUCAAUGAUAAUGUUUACCACCAAAUCUGCUUUUGACGUUCCGCGAC